CCAAGCCCCAAGUCCCAGUCAGUCAGUGUGUAGUGCGGCUCGCGUUAACACCCUAUAUUAUCCGUCUCGCGGUUAUCCGUACUUCCGGUCAUGUAGUGAGCGAGUGUACACCCGACUCCUGCUGGAUAGAUGUGCAAACUUGAGGUGGAGAGCGAUGUAGUGAGUGAGCCAGUUGCGAUGGAGAGCCCCCACGUGACGGGGACCAGUGAGGACUGUGCGACAGACGAAGACGAAGACGACCCCAGUAGUCGAUGGUAGACUGGCGUGCUUUGUGAGACGACCCUAGUGGUCUUCGGUGGACUGCCGUGUUUCGUGGGACAACCGCAGUGGUUGACGGUAGACUACCAUUCUUUGUGAGACGACCCUAGUGGUCUACGGUAGACUGCCGUGCUUUGUGAGACGACCCUAUUGGUCUACGGUAGACUGCCGUGCUUUGUGAGACGACCCUAGUGGUCGACGGUAUAGACUGCCGUGCUUUGUGAGACGACCCUUGUGGUCGACGGUAGACUGCCGUGCUUUGUGGGACGACCCUAGCGGUCGACGUUAGACUGCCGUGCUUUGUGGGACGACCCUAGUGGUCGACGUUAGACUGCCGUGCAUCGUGCGUGAUGUGGGCGCUGAAACAUGCCUCGGGACUGAUGGAAUGGAGAUAGCAUGUCCAGAAAAUAUAAUGGUGGACCUCAGCGGUUAUGUCAUUAUCAUCGUAGAAACCAAGGACAAGAAAAUUCGACUUUAUGGAUCGCCCGCAGACAGAGCAGAACUAGAGGUGGCCGACGAGAUCUUGGAGGUGAACGGCACCACUCUCGAAGGCUCGUCACACACUCAAGUUAUCGCUCACUUAUACGAGGCAAUACAAUCAAGGACAGUAUGUCUUCGAGUACGACGUCGGACCGGCAACCGCCUUGCUUUGGAUUUGGCCCAGAACAGCAACGUCCAAGAUGCGUUUCUCAUUGCGGUGGAGCAGCAGGCACGCGAGCGGCUCGAGCGCCUCUCAGCGCUCAAAAAGAUCAAGCCGGUCGACAUGAGCAAGCUGUCACAACAGCUGAACAAAGAAGCCACUUCCAAGUCAGAGUCAGAGCAAGCGAACGGUUUUAUAGAGAAGACGCCGAUCUACGUGACAGCCUAUCCGCCGAGCCAGACCACCACUUCCACAACCACCGCCAAACCAUCUACAGCCAGCAGUCCCGGGGCUCCUCCCACCCAGGACCUAGAACUGACCCAGGAGCUACCCCCGGCUUCUGCCCCGACGCCAGCCCAGGCACCCGCCCCACCGGGUCGUACAGAGGUGCUCAUCGGCCAGGAUGUUACGCCUACAGACACAAAAGUAAAAACCACCGCUAUCGUCGAAAACCACCGAGGUCUCUCCGUCACUGACGACAGCGCUGCUAGGCCGCGACGCCGCAGCGGCAGCAGCAUCGUCGUAGUAGGCCAGGAGGACGCCGAGCCCGUGAAGCGACCACCAGAUGCUGAGACGGACGAUGCGUACAAGAUGAUGAUGAUGAUGGCUGCGUGCGAUAAUGGACCUCACCGAGAGAUGGCCGUGGACGUCCCGGAGUCUUGGGCGCCCAAGAACAAGACGCCGCCUCGCUACCCGCCACCCCGGCCACAGGCUAGGAUACAGCCGGCCGUGAACGGGACGGCUCGCACGGACCCGGACGUCGGGGGUGGCAAGCCUGUGCCGCCUCCCAGAGACCACCUCAGGAUAGAGAAGGAUGGGCGGCUAGUGUCCAGAGCGCCGCCACCUCAACUACCCGCCCGUCUGACUGACAAUAUCAACAACAAUACACCAACGACGCCGCCAACGCCGGCACCUGCGCCUACCUCAGCUGAACUGAACAGCAUCAGGAAGUUCCAGGAGGUGAAGAGGAGAGAACGGGCUGAAAAAGAACGAGUCGCUGCCCAGAACGAGUUCUUGAACCGUUCCCUGAGGGGCUCCAAGAAGCUACAGGCGCUGGAGAGCGGCACCACCGGGGUGGACAAUGAUGCCUUCUCUCAAGACGAGACCCAGGUCGCCGACGCAGGAGUCUCUGACACGGACGACGUGUUCGAGGACACCCUGCAUAAAGUCAUCAGCUAUGGCGAGCUGGUGGCUAGUUUGCAGAGACUCCAGUUGCAGCUGAAGAAGGCCGGGCCAAGCUACUGUGCGCUCGAGGCACAAGCUGGCGCUGUGGCAACACUGCUGCUAAGUCCAGGGUUCGGCCGAGCGCUCACCGUGCACAACCGAGUGCAACAGACCUGGCCACAGCAUCGAACCCAUCGACCUGUCACCAGCAACUCCCAGACGCUUGUCAGAGAUUGUGUGGAACUGCUACAACCGAGUACACAGCCGGAAGCUGCGGAGCUGUGCGAGCUGUUGAUGAGGUAUGAGGUGGAAGGGCUGUUGUACACUCAUGACACCAUCACUAGAGAGCUAGAAGACCACAGUCCAGUAAUGACUCCCAACACCGUUAAUCACUCGCCCCCUCCACUACCCGUCCAUGAACAUGAAGACCAGGACUCAAACAUCAAGAUCAUCAAGAUCGAGAAAACCAACGAGCCUCUGGGAGCGACAGUGAGAAACGAGGGAGAAGCUGUUAUUAUUGGUCGAGUAGUUCGAGGCGGAGCCGCAGAAAAGAGCGGACUCUUACACGAGGGAGAUGAGGUUCUGGAGGUGAACGGUAUAGAGAUGAGAGGCAAGUCAGUCAAUGAUGUUUGUGAUCUGCUGUCUACCAUGACGGGGACUCUGACGUUCCUCAUUGUGCCUAGUCAGAAUCGAACCAGUCGACGCACCUCCUCAGCUAGGGACAGCAUUGUGCAUGUAAAAGCACACUUUGACUACGACCCAGAAGACGAUCUCUACAUUCCUUGUCGAGAGCUCGGUAUCAGUUUCCAGAAGGGCGACGUACUCCAUGUAAUCUGCCAGGACGACUCUAACUGGUGGCAAGCCUACAGGGAGGGGGAAGAGGAUCAAACACUGGCCGGCCUCAUACCCUCUCGCUCCUUCCAACACCAGCGAGAAUCUUUGAAGCAGACAAUCACUGGCGAUAAAAUAGGGAGAGAAAAGUCUAAAAAAGCUGGAACGUUCUUGUGUGCGAAGAAAACUCCUAAAAAGAAAAAGAAGAAAAUGCCUUAUAGUACUAAUUACAAUGACGGUGGCUAUCCCAUCUACCACACUACUUCAGCAGAUGAAUAUGAAGCGGAAGAGAUUCUAACGUACGAGGAAGUGGCUUUGUAUUACCCACGAGCCAACCACAAGCGGCCGAUAGUCCUGAUAGGACCUCCGAACAUAGGACGACACGAACUACGCCAGAGACUAAUGGAGGACUCGGAGAGAUUUGCUGCAGCCAUACCUCACACAAGCAGAACUCGCAAGGACGGUGAAGUGGAUGGGCAAGACUACCACUUCAUCACAAGAGCUCAGUUCGAAGCCGACAUCCUCUCCCGCAAGUUCGUAGAACAUGGAGAGUACGAACGAGCGUAUUACGGCACAUCGCUUGAUGCCAUUCGUUCAGUCGUCAACGCCGGCAAGAUCUGCGUGCUCAAUCUUCACCCGCAGUCGCUCAAAAUACUGCGAAGCUCGGACCUGAAGCCUUACGUUGUGUUUGUCGCUCCUCCAUCGUUAGAGAAGCUUCGACAAAAGAAGAUACGAAAUGGUGAAGCCUUCAAGGAGGAAGACCUGAAGGACACGAUAGAGAAAGCACGAGAGAUGGAGGACAAGUACGGUCACUUGUUCGACAUGAUCAUCAUCAACAAUGACACAGAGCGAGCCUACCACCAACUGCUUAACGAGAUCAACAGUCUGGAGCGAGAGCCUCAGUGGGUGCCUGCAUCUUGGCUCAAGUCUCUGUGAGGAAUAUUGAUUGUGGGCAGUGAAGGCCGAGACGGGCCGAGCUAGCGUCCACACUGGCGGCAACUCUGCCGCGUUCCGUUCAACUGCGUUCUGUCACGUUCUAAUCACAUGUUUAAUCGAAUCUUCGUGUUAGCUCUAGAGCCUAUUAGUGCCGCUGCCGUUAACAUUUAGAUACAUUUUUCUAUUAUACAAAAUGAUAGAUUCGUCGAUCCUUUCAAUUCGUAAAUGGAUUAAAAUUUGUAUGUGUGUUAUCAAUUUUUAUUCCCGUUAACGAUGUUUUAUCGAUCAUCCCUCCAGUCAAUUUUAUUGAAGUUUGUGAGGAAUCGAUUUGUAGAUUUUGUUCUCAAUAUUUUCUUGCAUUUAAAACUUUUUAUUACUGCAACUAUGUAUGGAGAAAGUAAACUUAAAUAUUUCUCAAACGGUUCCUUCAUGUAAUAUCCAAGGUGAAUGCAAGUUUGAUCCCUAAUGAAAGGAAUUAAAAUUUUUUAAAGUAGUCUUUCUGAUCGAAUGUUUAAACUGGGAAAUAAAUUGACACAAGAUAAAACCGUAGAUUAAACAUGAGCGUGUCGGUGCUAAAGUUCACAUUCUGUAGUGGUUACCUUAAUACUCCCUGUUAUACAAUAUAAGCGAAACAGUAUUUUUGUUAUCUUUAUUUAGUUUGAAUGUAAUAGAGUAUAUUAUUUAUGAAUUGUGACAUCACUCGAAAGACAAUAUCUUUACACCUACCUAGCUCGAUUAAGGCCAUUUUACUUAGUCUUUAUUUAUGGGUUAAGCGAGAAACUUUUAAGGUUUUUUAAACAAUGUACAGUUGUAUUAUUUACUGUUAUAAUUCUUGUAAUGUAUAAAAUUGUUUUAUAAUUUUUAAUCACUUCUCGUACAUUUUGCUGAGUUCUGGUUUUCCCAACUGUGUGGUGGAACAGUUUUAUAGAAUUGUACAAUAAAUAAAGAAUUUGUCAACUCCUAAGUCCCUAUCUUGUCAAUUUUCAGUAGCAGUUUGAAUAGUUGGUGUUUUACAGCUGUUUAGUUAUCUAAUUUUUAGAGUUAUAAAUUAUUGUGGAGUUGUACAGGAAAGCCACAGUGUGAAAUGCAUUUAAUAUGUUUGAUUUAUUUUUCUAAAUGGCAGACUUCCAAUGAUUUCAAGGGUUAUUUAUAUCAAGUUUUAAUAUUUAUAUUCAGUACAAAAAAUGUUUACAAAAUUACAAGUUUUAUUAUUAUUUUAAGCCAUUUUUACACUGAUAACAGAUUGUGAGUUUCUUGAGUAAUUUUAAAUUAUUAGUUGAUUUUAACAGAAAAUGUAAGUUACAAAUACAAAUUUUAUCAUAGGUCUGCUACGUGUUAAGUCACGUUUGUUUCAAGUAUUUCAUUACUGGCGAUUAGUUUGUCUAAUGAAAUUUGUUCUAUAAAUGAAACUGUAAAAUUUAGCCUGAUGAAAGCUUUAAACUUGAGAGAAGUGAAUAGCAGAGACUCUAAGUGUGUGCCAAACUUCAAGUAAAGACUGACGAAACCAGCAGCGCAGCAAUAUAACCAGAGUGGAGCCCAAGGAAUUUAUACUGUUGUACAGACUUGUUUUAUUUUGUGUGUUGUUUAUAGAUUCUACUAAAGUGUGUGUACAGUUUAUCGGUAGCCUUCAUAAUGUGAUUUUUAUUAUAGUUUCCACCAACCCCUCUCGGGCUGUAUAUAACUUAUCCAGAAUGUUUAUAUUAUAUUGAAAAAUUGAUAUUACGUUAAAACAAUAGAGACUUUGUUCUACAAAGUUAUACACAACAUAUUGUAAAUCUUUGUUGUAAGACCUUAGUAAAUGGUACUGAUGUA